GCUCCCAUUGGCUCCUGUCUGCGCACACGUCACAAUCAUGAUUAGAAUUGAUGAUCGGACGCUCUGAUUUCAUUGUCUAGCAAAAGGGGUCUGCUGAAGAAAUCUGCUGAAUUUGAACGCACGUCUGAUUUUGACAUCAGAAAUGUUGUUAUUACCUGCCCGUGUGCGUCAUGCCCUGUCAUAAUGAGGAAAAACAGGACUGUUCCUAGAAUCAUGGAGCGCGCUCAGUGAUGACCGCCUCGUACCCCUCCAGCCGCAGGAUGGAUGCGUGGGACCAGAGGCGUGGCCUGCAAACUAUGAAUCUCCGUUCAGUUUUCACCAUUGAACAGCAGAGGAUCCUGGAGCGGUACUAUGAGAAUGGGAUGACCAAUCAGAGCAAAGCCUGCUUCCAGCUCAUCCUGCAGUGUGCUCAGGAGGCCAAACUGGACUUCAGUGUGGUCCGGACAUGGGUUGGAAACAAGAGACGUAAGCUCGCCUCCAAAGCAGACCAGAACGGAGCAAUGUCCCAUUCGUUAUCCAGUCACAGCCUUUCUGCGGGACUCCUCUCCAACCACACUUUACCUGUUGGUACUUUAUCAAAUUCUUCUAUAGUACCUGGACCCCUCCUACCUUCUGAAGUCCUCACAGCUCGUAGCAUCUCAAAUCGGGUUCACCUUUUUCCUCACUCUUCAAAUUUCAAACUUCAAACUCAAAAUUUUACUACAACACCUUCCUCGACCUCUUCAUCGCCUCUUACAGUCCGAGGCAAUACUAACAAUAAUAACAAUGACGUCAUAUUAACUGGUAUUUAUUCACUUAAUUCUGCUGAACGUUCCAGACAACGACCGGUGGCCCCUCCGCCUUCCAAGCCCGAGUCGCAACAGAACACAACUUCUUUUAACAUCAACCUAACUGUACAAAACAAAAAUAACUCUAGCGUUUUACCUCUUCAGUCAAAACCGGUUUCACUAGCUCAAAAUCCUGCUCAGUUACCUCCAUCGACAGGGGCUGUAGUUCACAAUACAGCCAAGAAGACCACCUUAUCCUCUGCGGAGACAGGUGUUAAUGUAGGAACUAUUAUACCUCAAAGCUGGACAAGACAAUAUGGUACAGCGAAUACGCUCCCAUGGUCUAACAACUCAAGCCCUCAAAUCAAGACUCAACCAAGACCUCAUUCAAACCCGCAACCUCAAAGUACUACAAAUACUAUUACUCCUCAGAAAGUGAAGGUAACACUACCAGUUCAAAACUCAAAUACUCCCUCAUCUACUCCUCGUAUACAGCAAGUUUUUACAUUGUCUGAAAAAAGCGAGUGGAGUAAGCUCAUUUCGGCGCAAGGAAAAAGCCAAAAAAUAUCAGAAAAUCGACAAUCUGCAACUAGCUUCUUGGACACCAGUCAUAAUUUCUCAAUCGCCAUGGAAACUGGAGAUGAGGAAGAUGAGUGGCAGAGGGAGGAAGAACUGGCAAAUAUGGCAGCUCAAACUUACAUCCAGAGGGAGCAGAGGAGCCCGAACGUGGGUGAACUUUGUAGUAGAAGUAGCACCACACAACAGACAACUAGCUCCAAAUCCACAGCAGUUCAAAGUAAUGAUGAUCUCCAUGGUUACGAGGCGGUGGCAGCUCAGACCUUGCUCACAACAGAGUCCAGCUCACAGACAGUUAGUGCAACAGCUGAUCCCUGGGUUUUAAACAACUCGAGAAAGAGAACGCUUCAGGAUCGGACUCAGUUCAGUGAUGGGGAUCUGGUCCAACUUAAGCGCUAUUGGGACCGAGGAAUGACGAGCCUGGGUUCUGUGUGCAAAGACAAAAUCAACGCUGCGGCCAACCAGCUCAACGUGGACACUGAAAUAGUCAAAACCUGGAUCAGUAACAGGCGAAGGAAGUAUCGUCUGAUGGGUAUCGAGAUCCCUCCUCCGAAAGGAGGGCCAGCAGUAUUUACAACCUCUCCCCCAGGAAAUGAGUCUCCCGUGGCCCUUAGCCCCGACGUGGACAGGCUCCAGACACCGGAUUUAACGGAUGACACCAAUGACGGGCUGUCUGAAGAUGGCACCAUCAGCUCCCAUAACAGAGAGGGUGAAAAUGACAUUGACAUGUCCACUGCUCCACUGGCUAAUAAUGUGAAAAUAGAAGUCAGUGACGAUGAUGAGGAAGUGAAUGAAGAUGGUGUCGAUAUGAUGGCUUCAGACCUUGAGCAAAUGCAAAGCCUGCUUGAAUUUAAGCAUGAGGAAGUGCAGUUCCUUGAGAAUGAGCUAGAGAACCAAAAACAAAGAUACCAGGAUCUUGCAAGCUUCACCAAAAGCCUGCUUAUCGCUGUGAGAAACAAGGACCUGGACAGGCAACAGGAACUCAUGGAUAGUCUACCUCCGUCUUCUGAUCAGGACUGGGAGUUUGAAGAGGAUAUACAAUCUCCUGGUUCUCCUUCAGCUGAAGACUGCACUGAGCACAGGGGGUCCCCGGGGAGCAGUGGAGGGCUCUCACCACUGACCAAUAAAGACUCCAAAAAGAAAGUGCACAAAGUUACUGAACCUUCUGCAUCAGAGGGAAAAGACUGAUUUAUUGUGUAAUACAUAGACUUAGAUGAGUUCACACGCUUCACAUAGAAACAGGUGAUCUGACAAAUAAAAACAAGAAAUACUCACCUCACGUCCUGUUGCCCUAUGGCUAUGGAUUUAAAGGUGCAUUGUGUAACUUUGCUAAUGCCAUGGAGAUGUUACUGCUUUGCCUGGAAUGUUUCAUAUUAAGGCAUUAAACCUUUCUAUCUUCAUGGAGACCAAACCGAGCCAAGUUACUGGUUAAAUCUGUGGAGAGACAACCCUGCUCACAAAACGCCAGUUUUUCCACAUAUUUCCAAGCUAUAAAACCACCUGUAAUUGAUUAAAAUGUAAGGUAAAUCUGUUUAAUGUCAUAUUGUGGAACAUUCUAAGCAUAACAAAGAAAUUUCCACAGAAACAAGAAGGUGACGGAUACACAACCAAAAAGUUACACAGUGCACCUUUAAGCAUCAUCUUGAUAGUUGGACUGACGUUGCCUUUUUAUUGUAUAUUUGCCUUGCUCUAGGGUUGUCCAGACAGAAUAAUAAACACUCACCAAGUCACUCACUCUUUAUAAUGUGUUAGAUUCAUGUUUCAGUAUGUAAAUGUACACCAUGAGUUCAACUUAAAGGUUCAGUGUAUAACUUGUCUGGAGGAGGGUCUGUUGCUUGCUUGUCUCCAUGGAGAUGUGCCUAAAACAUUAUACAGUAUAGCCGUAAACUUAAGAAUCUCCAUGGAGACUUGCAAGCCGAAUUACAGGUUAGAUUUCUGGAGAGGUGACCCCACUCAUAGUAAGAAUUAAUGUUUUGUUUAUAUAUCUAUA